AUGAUGCUCAUGCGUGAGGAUAGCGAGCGCAGAGGUGAAGCUUGGCGUGCAGAUGAAGACCAGCGCCGACGCGAUGAAGUCGCAGCACGCGAAGCCCUACGCCACGCCGGGAAACUUGAAGCUGAAGAGCGCCGCCGUCAGGAGAAGAUGGAGAUGGAAGAGCGAGCCCGUCGCGAUAAGGAGGAAGCCCGCGCGCGCUCGCAGGAGCUCAUGUUCUACAUUGGGGCUCUCGCCAAGAUGGAGUGAGAAGAGCUUCGGGCAGUGCUUCCAACGUUAGAAGUAUGUCUUAGAAACCAGCCCACAGAGGGAGGAAAUUUAUUUUGUAGCGUUGCAUGUUGAGAACAGCCCUUCGUAGAGAGCAAAAACCCAC